GAAAAAAACCUGUUGAUUGAUAGAUUGAUUGAUUGUGGAAAACACAGCUGCGUGUGGUUCCUCAUGAGAGCAGGCGAAAUCCCCGCUUUUGUGAUGACGUCAUGGUUCUCGACCAAGCAACGUCUCGAUCGCCCCGCCCUCCUCGUGUUAUUUCCACUCGUCCUAUCGGAUUUUGCGCUCAUGGAAUCCCGAGAUGCGAUUGGUUGAGGGAGCAUCAGUCAUCGGAUUACCGGUGUGGUGGUAGGUUGGAGCUGCAAUUAGGAGACUCGGUGCGUUUAAAACGCGAAGAGAGGAUUCCAGUGUGAGGAUUGUCUUUGACUUCACCUCUCCUUCUCCUCCUUCUCUUCAUCAUCAUCAUCCUUCUCCUCCUCCGUGCUGACAUGAGAGGAGCACAGGUCUCUCUGCGACCCUCCUGACGGCCUGAUUCAGUCUCAGGACACACACAGAGAGAGACAGAAAGAGUGAUAGAGAGAAAGAUACAGGACUCACGCGUGUAUUCCGGAAGUGGUGUAUUUUGGGAUGCGGCUUUGAUGGUUGUUACAUUGUAGCGGCGUGUUGCAGCGCGCGCUGAGCUCAAACAACAAACACGCGAUCAAAAGCGCUUCUGUUUUUUUCCUUCAUCUUCUUCCUCAUAUUCUUCGUAUUUUUCUUCUCACUUGGACACUGAGCGGUGAGAUUGACGGUGCUGAGCUGAGCAGAUCGGAGCUGAACAGAGCAAAGCAGAGCAGAUCGGAGCUGAGCUGAGCUGAGCAGAUCGGAGUUAAACAGAGCAGAGCCGAGCCGAGCCGAGCAGAGCAGAGCAGAGCUGAGCAGAGCCGAGCUGAGCAGAUUGGAGCUGAGCAGAGCUGAGCUGAGCUGAGCUGAGCAGAGCUGAACAGAGCUGAGCUGAGCAGAGCCGAGCUGAGCCGAGCUGAACAGAGCAGAGCUGAGCUGAGCAGAGCCGAGCAGAGCAGAGCUGAGCGCUGUGAGAGCAGAAGGAUGGGAUUGCCCGCUCUGGAGUUCAGUGACUGUUACUUGGACAGUCCUCAGUUCCGAGAGAGACUGAAGUCCCACGAGCUGGAGCUGGACAACACCAACAAGUUCAUCAAGGAGCUUAUAAAGGACGGGAAAGCUCUGAUCCAGGCCCUCAAGAAUCUCUCUAUAGCACAGAGAAAGUUUGCAGAGUCGCUAAACGAGUUCAAGUUCCAGUGCAUCGGAGACGCUGAGACGGACGAUGAGAUAUGCAUCGCCAGAUCACUUCAGGAGUUUGCUGGUGUUCUUCAGAACCUGGAGGACGAGAGGACACGGAUGAUUGAUAAUGCGAACGAAGUUCUAAUCACACCAUUGGAACGCUUCAGGAAAGAACAGAUUGGAGCUGCCAGGGAGGCAAAGAAAAAGUAUGACAAGGAGACGGAGAAAUACUGUGGCGUUCUGGAGAAGCACCUCAGCUUAUCUGCCAAGAAGAAGGAGUCACACCUUCAUGAAGCAGACAGUCAGUUGGAUCAUGUAAGGCAGCAUUUCUACGAGAUGUCUCUGGAGUGUGUGUUUAAAGUGCAGGAGGUCCAGGAGAGGAAGAUGUUCGAGUUUGUGGAGCCGCUGCUGGCUUUUCUUCAGGGUCUCUUCACGUAUUAUCACCACGGGUACGAGCUGGCCAAAGACUUCAACCACUUCAAGACAGAUCUCACUAUUAGCAUUCAAAAUACUCGGAACCGCUUCGAGAGCACGCGAUCCGAGGUGGAGAGUCUGAUGAGGAAGAUGAAGGAGAACCCACACGAACACAAGAACAUCAGUCCUCACACAAUGGAGGGUUAUCUGUUUAUCCUAGAGAAACGUUCCUUCGUGUCCACGUGGGUGAAGUAUUACUGCACCUACCAGCGCGAGACCAAACAACUCACCAUUGUUCUCUUCGACCAGAAAUCUGGAGGCAAAACUGGAGACGAGGAGAGUUUCAUCCUUAAGUCCUGCAUCAGAAGGAAAACUGACUCCAUCGAGAAGAGGUUCUGCUUCGAUGUGGAAACAGUGGAUCGCCCUGGAGUGAUGAUAACUAUGCAGGCUUUGUCAGAAGAGGACCGGAGGUUGUGGAUGGAGGCUAUGGAUGGAAGAGAACCGGUGUACAACAUGAACCGCGACAGCCAGAAUGAAGCCACGGCCCAGCUUGACGUGAUCGGCUUCAACGUCAUCAAGAAGUUUAUCUACGCCGUAGAGACAAGAGGUAUCGAUGAGCAGGGCUUGUACAGAAUAGUCGGCGUCACCUCACGAGUGCAAAAGCUGCUGACUCUCGCCAUGGAUCCUAAAACAUGUGCUGAUGUGGACCUGGAGAACUGUGAGUGGGAGAUCAAGACCAUCACCAGUGCCAUCAAACACUAUCUCAGGAUGCUUCCAGCACCACUGAUGACCUACCAGUACCAAAGAAGCUUCAUCAAAGCUGCCAAGCUGGAUAAUCCAGUGGCACGUGUUCAGGAGAUUCACAGCAUCGUGCAUCGUCUUCCAGAGAAGAACCGGCAGAUGCUGGAGCUGCUGAUGAAACACCUGGCCAACGUGGCGAGUCACCACCAGCAGAAUCUGAUGACGGUAGCUAAUCUGGGCGUGGUGUUCGGCCCCACGCUGCUCCGGCCGCAGGAGGAGACCGUAGCUGCUAUUAUGGACAUCAAGUUCCAGAACAUUGUGGUGGAGAUCCUGAUCGAGAACCACGAACGUAUCUUCAAAGAGACGCCGGAUCCUCUUUUGGGUCAGAGCAACUCUCAGCCCAGCGUCUGCAGGAGAAAAAGUACAGAGAGCAAAGCACCGUCCUGCAGCGAGAGACCUCUCACACUCUUCCACACUCCUACACACUCCGAGCAAGACCCAGUGUUGGCGGUGGAUCAGAAGAACAGCAUGCAGCUCAACUCCGAGCCGCAACCAGCGCUUUCAUCACUCAACUGCAACAGCACUCAAACCUGGAGCAAGUUUAUUAACCUCAACAACGCAGAUGGAGAACAAGAUAACCUUCAGGCACAUCAGAGCGGACCAAUUCACAACAAAUUCCAAGAACUCGAGUCAGCAGCAUGUCAACAAGAAAGUAAAAGUGAACCAACGUGGCUCCUAUUCCACACUUCAUCACCAUGCGGUCCGUCUGGUCUGCAGCUCAUUGGAACAGACGAUGAGCCGAAGCACACGUCUGCUCAGUCACCGCACCUCAAUCCUACUGAACUGCUCUGGGAUGAAGUGGAUCACAUGAAAGAACUCUCAAACUACCCAGCAUCACCUAGUUCCACCUCACCACGCUCUCCUUCCUGGCCGAUGUUCUCUGCUCCCUCCAGUCCUCAGUCUGCCUCCUGCACGUCCAGCGAUUCUUCUCCACUUAGUCCUCCUCAGCGAAAGGCUCGUGCGCUGUACGCCUGCAAAGCCGAGCACGACUCCGAGCUCUCCUUCAUUGCAGGAACCAUCUUUGAGAACGUUCAUCCGUCGAGAGAACCAGGCUGGUUAGAGGGAACGCUGGACGGGAAAACCGGAUUAAUUCCUGAGAACUACGUGGAAUAUUUGUAGCCAUGGACCAGAAGCUGACGAGAUCCUGCAGCUGAACUGAUGAGCAGCCCAGAAUUUAGACAGCUUUGUAUGUGUGUGUGUGUGUGUGUGUGUGUGUGUGUGUGUGUGUGUGUGUGUGUUGUGGGG